CCGCCGAACACUUUGUUAAGUUUCCCGGAUGUCGGUUUUCGUGAAACGGAAAACUUUUAUUCCGACCGGUCAUUUUGCUUAAAGCAGAACGGGUUCCGUGUAGAAUCCCGGACCACUUCUAAGCAAGCUGUCUGUGGUUUUCUCGGCCGUCGAAAUUCGGGAGUUUACUUCCGGUUGGUUAAAGUUAACCAUGUUUCUAAAAAUUGGUCAGCGUCCAUAUUCAAAUAUUGCGGAAGUAAUCGCUAUUGUCGCGAUAGUUCUUAUUACUAUCUUACAUCGAGGUCAUGCAGAUGUCACUCCCGACGAAAGAUCCGCUGUAUCCCAAGCAUCCCGUGACGCUCCUGUUAUCGGAAUAUUGGCCGAAUCGGUUGUUUCGAAGAAGAUGCAGUCGACACUGGGCGUGAAGCGGACAGCGUCCUUUAUAGCGGCAUCCUACGUGAAAUGGGCGGAAACGGCAGGAGCGCGCGUUGUGCCAAUACUACUAAAUCAACCUGAGAGCUAUUAUGCAAAUCUCAUGAGCAAAAUCAAUGGGGUGAUAUUCCCGGGAGGAGCGGUUUCGUUGAGCCGGGGAGGAUAUGCAACAGCUGGUCGAACAAUUUUUGAACUUGCAGAAAAGAUGAACCAACUGGCAACAUAUUUCCCGAUUUGGGGAACAUGCUUGGGAUUUGAGCUGCUGACGGUGGUAAUGGCCAAUCGCAAUGUGCUGGCGUCGUGCAGCGCAAAGAAACUCCAUCUUCCAAUAAGUUUUCAGAGUGGUUAUGAGACCUCAAAAAUAUUUUCGGCUGCUCCUAAGGAAAUCAUCAGCAUGCUGGCAAAUGAACCCAUAACGGUCAACAGCCACCAUAAAUGUCUCACGCCGACUAACAUGACCCUUUCCGGUUUGAGCUCCCGUCUGAGAAAUUUGGGUAAUUCGGUUUCGCGAGACGGAAUUGUCUUCUCAGCGGUAUUUGAAGAUAUGCGGUAUCCUUUCUAUGGCGUCCAGUUUCAUCCGGAAAAGCCGGGAUUUGAGCCUGGUUCCUAUUCCACCCAUGCUGUACAGGCUGGCAACUAUUUUGGCACAUUUUUCGUUAACGAAGCAAGAAAAAACGGACAACGCUUUGCGAGCAAGCAAGAGGAAAAUGCAUUUUCCAUUCACAACUGGGCACCAACACCGGCACCGGGAACCGUGUAUCAUGAAAUCUAUUUAUUUCGGUAGCCAAAACAAAAUGCAAUUCUGCGUUAGUUAAACCUGUGCUUUUGUAUUGCUUCCUUACUGUAAGCAGGCAUAAAUUUGCUGCUUACAGAGAGAAAUUUGUCGCUAUCACAGCCACUAUUUUUUUCCGGCCAUUAAGUACAGAACGUCUGAUUUUUAAAAAUAACAGAAAACCAUCGACGAAUAAAUA